AAUAUUGUGUACUCAUAUCACAAAUAUCCCUACAAAUACAAAACUCUCGAUCCUAAAAAAAAAAUAUAUGUAAGGGACCCACUUCACUUUCAAAGUCUUUCUUUUCUUGUCUUUAUUUCGCUUCACGUGACCCUUCUUUAGUCCUCCUAAGUCCAUUCCCUAACCACGAGGUCCUUUUCCUUUGUCUCUCGAUCCCUCGCUCGCCCUUCCAUGCGCAACUCGAGGAAGCUUAGGCCCGCUGUUUCAAGUCUCUAUUUCAGAUUUGGCCGAUGGAUUCUCCGCUCUCUGCUACUAUUUCACUAUGAGUGAUGACAACGAAAACGCAUUGUCGUUUUACAUCUAUGUCUCUCGCCGUUGCCCCAAUUGUUCUCCUGCUACUCUGCUUUUCUCUAGCUCUAGUUUCUUCUAUACCUACAGAGGUUUGUUCUUCGAAAUCAGAGGCCUGUAGAUCUCCAUCUCCGUGCCCUCCGUUCACUUCAACUCCUUCGUUCCCGUUCUCUUCCUCACCAGGUUGUGGUCACCCAUUUUUCCAAGUGAAGUGUUCAACUCCUCACUCCCUCAUCUCCAUUAACGACCUCACUUUUUCAGUCCUCCGUUACGAACCCAACUCUUCUUCUCUUCUUCUCUCCCCUCACCCCAUUAACUCAACUGGAUCAUCUCCUGAAUCUGCUACAAAGAACUGCUCAUCUUUUCUACAAUUUCUUUCGAUCCCCUACCGAUCCAUAAACCUUUCCGGGUCGCCGUUUCGGGUUUCUGACGUUUCAUGUUCCCGGCUUUCCUUCCUUAGGCCUUGCGCCGAUCCUGUUCUCCCAAACUGCAGCCGUUGUCCUUGGGAAUGCAAGCUCAUUAAAAACCCAGCUCGGCUUCUGCACGACUGUGGAUCGGUCCACCAUCGAGUUUCUCAGCAGGGUUGCCAUAGCGAUGUUUUAGGGUAUCUUGACAAUUUUUUGAAAUGGGGGAUCGAGCUCGAGUGGGACGAAGUUCAAGAUGCUUACUUCUCGCGUUGCAGAGCUUGUCGUGCCAAAAAUGGAGUAUGCGGAUUCAACUCUUCCAACCCGAAUAAAGAUUUUGUCUGUUUUCGAUCUCGACCUCGAUUUUCGCCACCAUUUAUUAGUGAAGACAACCCGAAUCGAAUCGCUAUUUUGAGCUCCGUUUUUGUUUUGACUAGUAUUCUUCUUUUAGCUCUGAUUGGUUUAGCAAUUCUCCGGUCCAAACGGUUCAAGUCGUCGGAAAUUGGGGAAGACCCUACGACUCUCUUCCUCCAUCGUCAUCGCUCAGCUAGUCUUCUUCCCCCGGUUUUUACCUACGAAGAGCUGGAAGCCUCGACCAACCGGUUCGACCAGAAACGGAAAAUCGGCGAUGGCGGGUUUGGGUCGGUCUAUCUCGGUCAGAUCUACGACUCCCGGAUCGUUGCUGUGAAAUACCUUCACAGGCACAACCAAAUCGCUUCUGCAGGCCGAGCCUUCUCCACCAAGUCCUUCUGUAACGAAAUACUGAUCCUUUCUUCCAUCGAUCACCCGAAUCUGGUCAAGCUCCAUGGAUACUGCAGCGACCCAAGAGGACUUCUUCUGGUUUAUGAUUAUGUUCCAAAUGGAACACUCUCUGAACACCUCCAUGGCCCGAAAAGCUUGUACCGGAAAGGGUCUCUGACAUGGCAGGUGAGGAUCGACAUAGCUCUGCAAACAGCUAUGGCUAUGGAGUAUCUACACUUCUCAGUUGUACCACCAGUUGUUCACAGAGACAUUACCUCAACAAAUAUUUUUGUAGAGAAAGACAUGAGGAUCAAGGUUGGAGAUUUUGGGCUUUCAAGGCUUCUGGUACUCCCAGAAAACUCUUCCUCGUCAGCCGGGUUUGUCUGGACCGGUCCCCAGGGGACUCCGGGUUACUUGGACCCGGAUUAUCACCGGUCUUUCCGAUUGACGGAGAAGAGUGACGUGUACAGCUUCGGCGUCGUUUUGUUGGAGCUGAUAACCGGUAUGAAAGCGGUCGAUCAGAGAAGGGACAAGAGGGAAAUGGCCUUAGCCGAUUUGGUGGUAUCCAAGAUACAUACGGGUCAGCUUCACCAGGUGGUUGACCCAGUUUUAGCAAUCGAUGGCGACGCCGUCAACGGCGUUGAGGCGGUAGCUGAGCUGGCGUUCCGGUGCGUGGCGGCCGACAAAGACGACCGUCCCGAUUCGAAGGAGGUGGUGGAGGAACUUAGGCAGAUCAGGAGCCGUACACGUGGGGUCCAACGAGGGACGAACUCGAAUGAUGCUGGUGAUGGUGACGUGGCAAAGGGUUGAUUUGAUUUUGAUUGGUGGGUGGGUGAGUGGUCAAAUGCACGUGUGUGGGCAUUGACUGAUGACUGGACAUUUAUGUCAGUAAAGUGUUUUUGGACUCCUUCAAUAUAUAUAAUAUAGAUAUGUUUAUAGAAUCUCA